AUGGCUAGGAAACUUAAGGGCAAAAUUGGGAACAAGGGUUUAAAAGGUGCUCUUCAAAGACACCAAGCUCAAGAAAAGCUGAAAAGCAAAUUACAGAGCCAAAAGCUACACGAAAUCAACAAGAACAAACCAAAAAAAGCUGUUGCAGAGAAUCAGAAAUUGCAAAGAGAGAACGCGCCUAACUUCAUCCCGUUUACUGAAAAGAGCACUCUUUUGCUUGUAGGGGAAGGUGACUUUUCGUUUGCUCGUUCAAUUGUCGAACAAGACUACAUUCAACCCGAAAACUUAAUAGUCACAAGUUAUGACACUUCCGCUACAGAGCUCCACCUAAAGUACCCACAUUCAUUUGACGAAAACUAUAAAUUUCUAACUGAUGCAGGCGUCAAAAUUCUUUUCAAAAUUGACGCAACAAAUUUAAUAAAGUCACUUAAGUUAACAAAAAAAACCCCAUGGCCCAAAGUAGUGGGCCAAGAAUGGCGCAUGAAGCGGCUAAAUAAUAUAAUGUUCAAUUUUCCUCAUACGGGUCGGGGGAUCAAGGAUCAAGACAGAAAUAUCAGAGAACACCAGGAGCUCGUAUUCGGUUUCUUUGAUAGCUGCAAACAGCUUUUUGAAUUAAUAAAUAAUGGAGUUGAUAAGAUUUUGUCUCAAAAUUCCUCACAAGGUUAUUCUUUCGAAGGGAAGAACUCAAUAAACAGUCAUCCAGAAACAGUGAAUGCAGGUAAGGUUAUUCUUUCACUAUUUGCUGGCGAGCCAUAUGACUCCUGGCAAAUAAAAAUUCUUGCGAAAAAGAAUGGAUGGACUUUGGAAAGAUCAAACAAAUUUCAAUGGGAACUUUAUCCCGAGUAUCAUCAUAAGAGGACCAACAGCGAACAAGACACGACCAAACCUGCAUUAGAAAGAGAUGCUAGAAUUUACGUGUUUGAAACUUUCAACAAAAAAAAACAUUCGAAGUCUCAAAAAAGAAAGAGAGAUACUGAUGAUGAACGCCAGGAAUCAGAUUAA